AUGGCAAGGAAAAAGCAAGUAGAUAGUUUUGACGAGCAUACCCAAACGAGGACACCAACUCCUCGUGCUGCAAAGGCUGAUGGAAUGAAGACACCAGUUUUCAAGCUAAUUCCAACACGACAGGCAUCUUUUUCGAAAACAAAGAAAGGAAAGCAAACAACUCGGAUUAUUUUUCCUCAGGUACACUCAAAGCCAGAUAUUCAUGUAGAGGAAGUAGCCGUGUUAAAGCCUGAGAGUCAUGUUGAGAAAGAAGCCUUUAUUUCUAAGAAAGAUUUUGAUGCAUUUCACGAUGAGGAGCAGGUUGUAGAUAUAAAAGCUGAUAAACCAAAUGUUGAUGAGGGAGGGUUAGAGCAAUCUGGACAAUAUUUCAGUCCUGAUGUUGUUCAAUCUUCGGAUAACAUUUCUGACGGUACAAAGCAACAACAUACAGAUAAAGAUCCUGACCUCCAGAAUAUGGAUUAUGUUGGUACCGAAAGAUCACCACAACGAUUAAAUUCGGAGGUUGAUAAGAAAUUUGAGGCAAAUUUUCUUGGUAAAACGACCAUCGAUGAGAAAAUUGAUGAAACAAUUUUGUCUGAUUCGCAAUUCACAAUCCCUGAUGAGAUGUUACCUAGCCUAAAUGCGUAUCAAAUACAGAGCAUCAUCAUACAUCCAUCGGCAAACCGUCAAGAAGAAUCUCAUCAUGAAAUUUUGGAUGCAAAAACUUCUGAGACUGUUAUUGAAGAUCAUGAUCAAAUGAAUAGAGGAAUCACUGAUUCAGAGGUAGAACUUGCUACCGAGGAGCAGAAGGAUGAACAAUUGUGGCCUGAUUCAGAAAACACAAUCCCGGAUGAGUUUCUACCUAGCUUGAAUGUCUACAAUCAAAAAAGCAUCACCAUUCAUCCAUCCGCUAAUCGUGAAGUAAAAACUCCCAAACCAAAGUUAAGGAUUAGGCGACCAUCAAAAUUCAAGGAAUCGCCAUACACCGAAAAAUUUGGUUCAGCUGUUGGAAAGGAAAAGUGGAUCAUUACAAAAGGGGAAAAUCAGAAAUUUCAAAGAUGCAUUUUGGUGUUGAAGACAAAAACUGGUUCUAUACGAUGGAAUUUGUGGACAGAUUCGCAUAUUGAUGUCUGCUUAUACUACUUGAGGAAGAAGUCGAAGUAUGGGCCGCACAGUUCGUACAAAAAUGAGACAAACAAAUCAUACAAAUACAGUACAGUUGACUGCAACUUUAUGAACGUAAUUAGAUCUUUGAAUAAUGUAUAUUCUAUGGAUCAUCAAAAUCUUAAAGAUGGAGUACAGGAGCACCAUCUUAUUGAGUACAUCAAUGGGUUCCGUAUGCAUGCUGCAGUGCCAUGGCAUACAGUGGAAGACAUUUUUAUUCCUGUCAAUAUAAAGGACAAACAUCACUGGGUUCUCGCGGUUUUAUCAUUUUUAGAGAGGUGUAUAUUCUUAUAUGAUUCAUAUGAAUCCAAUGGUCAUUAUGCGGCUGUUCUUGCUGAGAUCGAGAAAAUAGCAAAGAUUAUUCCAUUGGAUUGUGGUGUCUUUAUCGUUAUGUAUGCAGAGUGCCUUUCUUAUGGUCACAAAGUUAUUGCGACUGAGUUCGACCCCAAUGCACUCCGUACAAGAUAUGUUGCACUUUUGUGGGAUUAUGGGAUUCAAAAAUAA